AUGGCCUACAUGCAAGAGCUUCAGGCAGUCCGUUCGUCGCGCAUUGGCACAGAGACUCUGGGGGCCGUAGGACAAAUUUACACGUACCUGUCCAAGAACUGCCGCAACUUAAAGGGGGAUGCAAAAGAUAAGCUUCGAUCCGUCAUGGAGUUAGUGUACCACCCGCAAAGCGGUUGGGUGCCCUUGGAUACCUGCGUCUGGCAAGGCUUAAGCUAUCUCCCAAACUCUCUGGCGCUCGCCAACAUCUAUCCUGCCAGUGCUGAGCUUUUUCAGCGCACGCUCGGAGUUGCGGAUGGGAAGAUACCCCAGGCCAUUGGAAUGGUUCGCGAAUCGUGGUCUUCGCACACGAUUACGUAUCAUAUCGAGGUCAAGGGAACGGUCUGUGAAUUCGAAGAACCCUUUCACUUCAGCCAGAACCAAAUGAACUUGGCCUGGAAGUACGCUUUCAAGCAUGGCAAGACACCAUCAGACGUCUUUCUCAUUGGUCGUGUGUACAAUGUGGAGAAGGAGAAACCAGGUCUGAAAUUCUACUGGAACCCGUGGGAGAUGAUCAACAAAGGCUCGCUCGUCAUGACAGUUAGUGAUGGGUACCGCAUUGCUCCCGGCAAUGCAGCAGUGACAUCCAAAGCAGCUUGA